UAGCACUUCCUCACUAUUGCAGGAUUUUUCUCCUGCUUCCACUAUUUGAGAGAAGGUGGUGUGCUAUUUCUGGAAAUUUGGGAUUGUCCUUUUGAAACUGUGGUUUUCAAAUAUUUCAACUGACAAAUUGCUCUCUUGGUUUCUAGAAGCAGAACCAGCCUAUGUGUGGGGUGUCUGGGUGGGUGGUUUUGGUCAUUAUUCAAGUAGUUGAAACUCGGGAGGCUGAUCUAGUAGACUUUGAUACUUCUAGCUUUGUUUUUAACAGUUUUUUUAAUGUUUGAAUUGCAUGUACAUUUAAAAUCCAUCAUAUGUAUUUUUUAAAAUCUUCUUUAAGAAUUAAAAAUUAAAAGUGCUAUUCUUAUUGUGCCUAUUCCUUUUUGAGCAAGCCUAAGGCAGCAAAUGAGGUACAACGUGUACUGCAACAUAGGCAGCCACUUUUGGACCACACAGCUUUCUCUUUCUUGUUUUAAUUCAGCAGAAUAUUAGAAAUCCCUCUGUCCUCGGCAGUGCUGGAGCGCAAUAAAAGCAUGUCAAAAGCAGAAUGCUUUAGUAGAGAAUUUCAGGAAAUUCAUAUGCCUCUGUGGUUUUUUUUUUUCAUUUGGUUGGUUGUUUUCCCCCUUAGCAUGAGAGGUGCGAGUAGCAAGUGUCGCUGGCUGGGAAGUGAUCUCAUUGCAUUGUUUCUCAGGUGCCCUGAGGUACGCCUGGGUUUCCCAGUAUGCAUUUUCCUUCUCUCUUCCAGUGUCAACGCCUGUGUAGAUGUGGUUCUGUCCGGUGUGAAGUUAUUAGAGGCUCUCGGUCUUGAACCUGGGGAUAGGAAAAAUCAUGCGGUCUUGAACUCCAGACAGGACCUGAAAGAGGCGUUUGCUCACUUCAUGGAAAAAGGGGCAGCUGCCGAGCGCUUCUUCAGCGACGCUGAGUCUUUCCAUCACAUUGCACAGACAGCCUCUGAGUACCCUGGUGCGCAGCUUUAUGUAGGAGGAAAUGCUGCUCUCAUUGGUCAGAAGCUCGCCACCAAUCCAGACCUGAAGAUCCUCCUUUGUGGCCCAGUUGGUCCUAAACUCCAUGAACUACUUGAUGACAAUGUGGUUGUGCCACCUGAAUCCAUGCAAGAAAGAGAUGAAUUCCAUCUUAUCUUGGAGUAUCAAGCAGGUGAAGAGUGGGGACAAGUGAGAGCACCCAAUGCCAACCGCUUCAUCUUCUCCCAUGACCUGUCAAAUGGCGCCUUAAAUAUGUUGGAAGUGUUUGUGUCCAGCUUGGAUGAAUUUCAGCCAGAUCUUGUGGUACUUUCUGGACUUCACAUGAUGGAAGGCCAGAGCAAGGAGAUGCGACAGAGACGGCUUAUGGAGGCUGUGGCCUCCAUCUCUGAUAUCCCUACCGACAUUCCCAUACAUCUGGAGUUGGCCAGUAUGACUGACCAAGAUUUUAUGAGCAACAUUAUACAUCAGCAGGUCUUUCCCCUGGUGAACUCCAUUGGGCUGAAUGAGCAGGAGCUGCUGUUCCUCACACAGUCUGCCUCUGGUCCCCAUGCUGCCCUCGCUUCCUGGAGCGGAGUUCCCGACGUGGGUGUUGUCAGCGACAUCCUCUUCUGGAUCCUGAAGGAGCACGGGAAGACGGCGGAGCGGGCCUCUGACCUGACACGUGUCCACUUCCACACCCUGGCCUAUCACAUCCUGGUCACAGUGGACGGGUACUGGGGCAACCAGGUUGCGGCUGUGGCUGCCGGCGCUCGAGCGGCCGGGACUCAGGCCUGUGCGACCGAAACCAUCGAUACCAGCAAAGUCUUUCUUAAAGCUCCUUUGGAGUUUGUGACCUCCCAGAUAGAGGCACCUUCCAAAAUCUCUUUAAAUCCAGACGAGCCAGUGGUGCAUUGGCACAGAGAAGGCAUCUCGUUCCACUUCACUCCUGUUCUGGUCUGUAAAGAUCCUGUCCGGACCGUGGGACUUGGGGAUGCUAUUUCAGCUGAAGGACUGCUGUACUCAGAAGUAUAUCCUCAAUAGAAAACUAAAACCCUCCUUUUUGUCCAAUACUGUACGGUGUCUGAGGAACCAUGGAUUAGGAUUUCAGCCAGUGGUGGUAUAGGAACAGAAUCAGGGUGUGGUGUAUUUUCUGGGUAUAACUGAAAAAGAGCCAAAGAAUAAUUCCAGGUAUAAACUGUCAGAUACAUUCCAGUCACUUGGCAGCGACUUGAAUGCCUCACGUUUGGGUGCAGACGUUUUAGUAUUCAAUGUGAAAGCUGGCUUUGCUUUGUCUUAAGCAUGCGGGGAGGGAAACAAGUAUUAAUAUCCCCGUUUGGGCUAGGUUUGCUGUUUGUAACUCUGAAGGGGUCUUGUCUGUCAGUGCUGGAAAGCACAACAGCCAGGAGAACUUCCUGCAUGUGGAUCCCAGGGAGAGCACCGCAGUGCUCGGCCCUGGCUUGACUCUGAUCAAGUAAAAAUAAAAGGCUCUUGCAUUAUUUCUUCUCAGCACAUUGCUACAUGGCAAGAGCAAACCUUCCGCUUGCUUGGUGUGAUGAUGAAAUCUUUUACUGAUAAAUUACCUCUCAGGCUCUGUGUCCCCAGCAUCGGAGGGAACCGAGUCCCAAAAUGUGAUGCACAUGGUACCUCCUGAAAUCACAGAGAAAACCUGACUCAAGGCUGUGUAAAUUAUUUUGGGUAUCUGUUGUUUCUGUGACUAGAGGUAUUCAGCUGAGCCCUGGUAACUUGUGCUUAGUUUUUGGGCAACUAGAAAAUAAUCAGGGUUUAUAUUUGGGGAGGGAGGUAACCACAAAACGUUACCUGUGUUCACUGUACACUAAAUACCCCGAGAUCCAGCCGGGGGGGGCUCACAGCUGGUGUUCUUUGCUAACAGCAGGUGCUUAUAUCUGUUAUUUUACAGGAAAGCUGUUGAGUCAUGGAGACUAAUUUUCUGUUUGAGAAUGGUUGUGCAGUUUCCCUGCCCUCCAUUCAGAAGGGCCAGUACAUUAGGAAAGGUCCUUUUGGAGGCUCAAAAGCUGCCACAGCGUUUUCCAGGUAAGACUGAAGUGAGGAGGGCUUUUUAGGGUUUGAUGCUGGUUUUUUUCUUUUGUUUGACUACGCCACUGAUGGUUUCUGUUCUCUGGACAGCCUUUGAAAUUAAAAAAGUGCAGUCAUGUGUCCUUGUUAAAUACUUGUUUAUGUUUUUUUCCUCUUCAUAGUAGCACAUUAUAGAUUGCGUAGCACCAGCAUUUUUUUGUCUCUUUCCAGCAUGGUUUUGUCUCUACUUCCAAGAAGUCCAAGUGUAUUUGCAUUGCUAUCAUACACGUUUUUUUAGUAUAACUGGAUUAAAUGCAGUCAGCAUGUCUCUGUGAGCCUGUGCUGUACCAGGAUUUGUAGGAGGUUGCUUUAGGUCAGUCUUUGUGUCUGAAUGGAAGGGAGAAGAGUCUGUGUCACUUAGGCUGGAGUGAUCCGUUUCUGUAACGCUGUCAUAUGCUGUCAGUGAUGUUCUGUUGGAAAAUGCCACCGUGAAUGCACUGGAAAGAUAAAAAUUGACAGCUGUUGUAACUUGUACUGACUUCACACACAAUGCUGUCUAUCACUGUAUAUUUAACUUUUGCUUUUUCUCUGAGCAGUCUUCUGUGUUGUAGUGGAGAAAUGCAGUCAGUGCUGGGUCUUCCUGCAGCUUAUCCCAUCCCCAUCUUCUGUUGAGUCUCAGCAUUUUAUCUCAGUGCAGGAUGUUUUUAAGACUGGAAGUAUUUCUGUCCAGAUUUUUUUUAUUAUUGUUGAUAAAUGGUAGUUCAGUCUUCCUACAGAAAAAAUAAAUUUAAAAAUUCUACUUUCAGCUGUUUAAAAACUCUGAGGCCAUUAGCAAGGUUAUUUUGCAACUUCUGAUCGUAACCAUCUGGCACACCACCCCUCAGACCACCAAAGGCCAUGCAUCCUGCCAGCGGGAGAAUUGAUCCUUUGCUUACGCCUGGUCCUGCUUUUCUGACAUCAGGCCAAGCUGUGUGGAUGCUCGAGUUGGAAACAAAACAAAACUAAAUACACACAAGCUGUCAGUGGCAACCGUCCUGCUGCUGUAUUUCACUUCUCUCUUCCAAAAAUGUUUGCAGGGAUGCGAGGCUGAUUGGACUGGCAUUGCCUUAUGGCCAUGUAAAAUCACAUAACUGCACUGACAGAGCUUGUCCAAGAGUUAAGUUACGCUUGCAUUGAACAGGAGUGUUAGAGGCCUAAAUUACCUCUCUUUUUUUUAAUGCUACUUUGAAUAAAUAACUGCUGUAAACAAAUAUGGAAAAGGGGUUUAUUGUUUAGAAUUCAUCUGGGCCUAAAAGCUAAACGCUUAAUUAUUAACUCCUCCUUCCUGUUCUUUCUCACCAGGUAAUGUUUCUUCUUUGGCCUGUUACCGGUGUGCUGUAUGCCUGGCACCAUGACUCACUUCUCAAAUGCCAGUAGCUGAUGAUGGCUAUACUGCUGCUCUAGCUAUAGAUCUGCUUUGAGCAGCCAUACAGAGCUCACCUGGUCACCACGUUCACUUACCAAGGCUAAUUCUUAACAAGCGUGACCUGUUAAUCAUAAUUAAAUAUGCUGUUGGUAUCCCUGAUCAAGUUUUGAAACAAUCUAUAUGGUAAUAAAAACCUAAACUGAAUGGUGGGACCCGGCAGCCUGCCUUCACUUCGUGCUUCAUGUGCUGUGAGCAUGAUGUGCUUAACUUCCCUCUGCCUGCCUUACUUAGACAGGGUUGCUGAGGCUCUUGCAGUCCUUCUCGUGUGCGUAUAGGCUGUCUUAGCACCUCUGCACAGCUACAACAGUGACAACAAAGAAAAGCUGCUUUAUCUUUACCAGACCUUGCUGAACAACACAUGGAAAUAGCUAGUGGGGCUCUUUUGGCAUGUACAGGGCCAAAAAACCUACUGAAAUUUCUGUUGAUUGUGGGGUUUGUUGUUUGGUUGGGUUGGGGGUUUUUUGUAAAAUACAAAAGUCCUUGGUAGGUGAGAGAUUUUUAGAUGAAUUUAUUUCAUGGAUUAUAAAAAUCCAGAUCUCUCUUCACCAUGAAGAAAGAGAUCAGUUGCAGAAAUACCAAAGCUUCAAACCCAGGCUUGAAACGGCCUCUGCUUUCCCCUAAUCCUGUCUCUACAAAUUCCGUUUCUUCUCGUGUGUUAGUCAUACCUUGAAAUCCAGGGAUGGAUGACUCAAACCUCGGCUAGUCUCGUACUCCUGAACGUUUCCACUGAAAAUGUUUAUUCACACAUAGUUUGCUGAAGAGGCAGUAGAUGAGCUCAUCACUGUGACAGUAAGCUAGUGGCUCAUGAGAUGAUAAAACCUGUGCACAUUGAUACUUCCACUUCUGUGUGCCUGCAGCCAGUGCAGCCAUGUUGGGUUUGGUUUUUUGGCUUGCCCUCGAUCAAAAAUGAGCAGUGCCUCAUCUCUUCUGUGUACGUUGCCUACGGAAGGUGAAGCGGUGGGUUAUCUGAGAUAGUGAAUCCCAGGCAGACAUUGAAAGGGUAUGUUCCUCUGCUGCGGUGCCCAUGAUGUGCGAUGCCUACCUAGCUGGGCAAGACCCAAUCUCAAAUCCAACUCUUUCCAGCUUAAAGGCUCUUCACUUCUCUUUUUUUCCUCUCCAGGGGAGUUUCUCAGCAUUGCUAAGGAUUUUCUUUACUCCUGUGUUUCUUGGUUAUCUGCUGUUGUGAUAGGAGAUCCAGUUAAGUUUUCUUUUUUUCCCAUGGGUUUCUUUUUACAGAAUUGGUGCUGAAAUUUUCUUCUCUAGCCUUUGAGCAUUGCCUUUAGCAAAGACCCUUAUCAGCUGCUUUGACCCAUGUUAGAUGUUGCUUCUCAGCUACUGGAAUGCAAAGCCUGUACUCGGUCCAUUUCCAAAGCCCGAUGGAGAACCGUCAGCAGUGUGUUUGUAUUUUAAUGUAUUUGCUAUCUGUUCUCCUCUGCCCAAGUUCGUUUUAAGACUAGUUAGUCUAAGGUAGGGGUUGCUUUUUGUAGCCCACUCUGCAGUACGCUUCCCAACAAAGGGAAUAAAAACCAGAUUUUUUUAAAAACUGUGAAAUCCACUGAUGCUACUUGUGGUUGGCUGCUUUGUUGUUGUGGUUCUGUGAUGAUGUACUGGAUUAUCAGGAACUGUGUGCCACAGGGUGACCUUUCCAACCACAUCCUGUGAAAAAGGUUAAAAUGAAUACUUGGACAGUUUUUGCAAAAGUUGUACAAGGCAGCAUAACUCUCCAGUUACCCUAAAAGUUGUUUAAAUCUCUGUGCUAUUGGGCACUUUUUUGGAGCUUGCAGCUUAGGGUGAAAACCGAUGCUGUCAUCAAGGAGGGAGCAGCUAAACUGUCUCUGCGUUGGUAUCUGGCACUGGCUGCUGAUACCCUUGCUUGGAGCAAUCUGUUCUGAAGCAGCACUGUCAAGUACUGUCACACAGUGUGCUGCCUUCCUAUUUCUGGUGUAAGGAGACUCAUCAAGUCUUUGAGAACAUUUGGAAGAACAGUAGAAAAAUGGAGAGGAGUAAUGGAUUUAUAUUUUUAUUACUUUAGUUGGAUUGUUCCUACGCCCUGCAUUAAAUCAGUAUUUGAAUGUGAAAGUUUGUUUCAAGCCAUAUUAAUUUUGCUCUUCUCUAGUACAAUUAAUGUUUUGGUAAAAGCAUAGAGUUAAGUUUUAAACCUGUGAUCAUACCAAAGCGGUAGUCUCAUGUUUAAAAAAAAAAAUUGUAUGUGUAGAGACUCAUUUGUUAGAACCAGCUAGAACAGAUGACACAACAAAGACUGUCUCGCAUUCCUCAUUCAAGCACUACUGAGGUCCUAGAGAGAGAAAUGAGAAUAUUAAAUUAUGUCUUUGCUCUUUGUUUUUAAAGUUUGAGUGAUAAGGGGCAAAGAAAACCUAUUUGCAAGACUUUCCUUUGUGUAGCAUAUCCCUUGGCCUGCUCUCAUCGCUCCUCUCUGCCUGAGCAAUACUGGGUCUGAUUAAACCCUUCACUAAAACUUGAUCUUAGAGCCAGAAAUGAUUGUUCUCUUGUCUGUUCAGAGGUGUCAGACGAAGUUCUCUUCUGUAACAGAUGGAACAGUUUCUUGUAUAAUAUCUCAGGUGGAUCCUAAGCGCCAGCUAGCCUGAAUUCUCAGGGAGUUAUUGAUCCAGACUCUUGUGGGAGGAUGUUCUCUCAGCAAAGGAAAACAGUGCAGGUUGGAAAUAGCGUGCGUGGCCGUUACCUUCUGCACUGGACCCUGGGAAAGGCCCCUGUUCCAAACAGGUCCCUGCACUCUGAAAGCUGAGCCUGGUACCAGCCUUGGCUGAGAAGAUCUCAUAGCAGCUGAAGAAUACAAAUGCUGUCAGCUAAGGGGGAAUGAUCUCAUUAAAAUGCAAGUGGGGAGACAAAAAAAAAAACCUGAAAAUCUCCCCUGUGAAUUUUUCAGGAAAGCUGCUCCUUAGUGCAGCCUGGGUAAAACUGGGUUCAAGUCUUACCUGUGUCUUUCAUUAAAAACGACUGAUUGCUUUGUGCAGCUUGGUUUGAGAGAGUGGUGAAGCUUACCUUUUAGCAGAACUGUGUUUUCUAUUAUAUAAAACAGUCUUGGCAGAUAAACUACUUGUAAUAGGUGCUCUUUUUUUUUUUUUGUAGUGCAUCUCUGUGUGGAGCUUAUUGUCUUGGUAAAGUUUGGUUUACUUCAUGCAGCACUGAGGCUUGUCUGUCCCUGUAGAAGAGGCUUUGCCAACUGAAACCCCUUUAUCAUGGGGGAAGUCUGCAUCUUAGGCAAGAACAGGAUGUUGAGUAGGACCCAAGGUCCGCCUUGCUCAAUGCUGCUGGUCAGUGACCACAGUUGGGCACACGAGAUUGUACACAGGAGCAGGGCAAGGACACUAAUGCUGCCUGUAUUAGAAAUCGGCAUCCAGUUGUCUUGGGGACCUGAAAAUCCAGGUAUCUGGAUGAAUACAUGUUGCUGGACAGACAGAUCAUGAGGCUUGGCUGAAACAAGGUCCUGCUGCCCAAGCAUAGCUGUCUGAGUGACUUCUAGUUUCCUUCCUGUGAGGAAGUCAAGCUGCAGUCUAACUUGUAAGCUGUAUUAUUUAACCUGGUUAAUGAUACACCUUUCUAUAAAAAUAGGGGAAAAAACAUCCUAAAGCGGAUGGUUUCUGCUUCCCUAGAAAUUAAACUCUUUAUUCUUUUCCAUCUUAAAAUUUCAAUUAUGGAGGGGGAAGGAGAGGAUUAGAAUUAUGGCUGAUGCCAGAAACAGGUUUUGGAACAUAAGGUGUGAUUUCCAAAAUCCCUAAAUGACUUAGUACAGUCCUGAAAAAUCCCUUGCUUAAUUCCAGCUGAAAGAACAGUCCAGUCUCAUUCUCAUCAUUAGAUAGCAUAAAAAAAAGCUUUCCAUAAAGAUACUAUGAAUUUACUGGAUGCAAGUGCCAUCAUCACAGUACCCAUGGGGAGGAGAGGGUACAGGACUGGGAAUUGCAGUUCUAUUUAUUAUCCAACUGUAAUUACAGAUUUUUUUCUUCCUUAGACAUGAAGCACCCUUCUGCUCUGUUCAAAUCCAGAAAGUAACAAAGUACUACCACUCCUUUUCACAGGAGAAUUGGUGAAUCAUCUGCAUAAGCUUUUCACAAAAUAUAUAUUUAUUUUAAAUACCUUUACAGUACCUCCAAAUGAAGUAUGCCCUAUGUAUUAACAUUUAUUAUUACAUAUAACAUUAUUAUGUGUAACGUUUACCCUAUGAAAGCAUCCUAACAGCCAAGAAGGAAACGGGUUGCACCAGUGAGACUGGGUGAGGAGAGAGAUCUUUGGGCCUGAGGUGGGCUCUUGAGAACAGCAGUGGGACAGGGGCUGCUCCCCAUCUGUGAGUACAGCAGACAAGUCUGAUAACGCUACAGUUUGGUUUUUUUACAACAAGCAGAAGGCAGGGGAAGGCAGCUAGUAAAAUUAAAACAAAGGGUCAUUAGCAGGUGGAAGGAAUACCUUCCUGCAGGAAAGAUGCUGGUGCUCACCUACCUGUAACCACACUGUUCUGGGCACUGUUCCCUGUGCUUGGAGCUUGAAAGCUUUCCUGAUGAGAUUAAAAGAUAACAGCAAUCAACUGCAGAUGGAAAAAACUGUCAAACUCCACUUUUGGGGGUAAGGUGAAGUUCCCAUACCCUGCCUACCCUUGAGCUGUGAUCUUAACCUCUUCUUCAGAGGUACUCUGUUACACUGCAGUAACAUUCAGUGUAAAAAGUUUAAUGUGAAUAAAAAUCACUGCACUGUACCUGA